AUGUCGGCAAGAACAUCGUCUGCUGCUCAAAGGCCCGCAGCAGCUCCGUCGGUUCCCAGACCACCGUUGAACGUCCAUCCAGCCGCUACAAUUUCGGAGACGGCCUAUUUCCAAGGGGUUCAUCCAAUCUCCGUGGGAGCAGGAACAGUUAUCCAUCCUCGUGCAAAGCUGCUUUCCUUCAAAGGCCCUGUCAGCAUCGGAGAAGGAUGUAUUAUCGGCGAGAAAUCAGUGAUUGGAGGGCCAAUUACCAGCACUUCAGGCCUAUCGACGCCUACAACUCCGUCGACGCCUGCUACACCUUUCGAUUUUUCCUCUGGUCUCGGCCCAGCCACUUCCCCUCUUCCAGACAAAGUCGUCACGAUUAUAGAGAAUUCAGUUAGCAUUGGUCCUCUCGCGACUGUCUCUGCAGGUGCCCAUUUACACUCAGCCUCAGCAAUCGAAGCAUCAGCGUUUAUAAGCAAGGAUGUCAAGGUUGGAAGACAUGCUAAGGUCUGCACGUCUUGCUUGAUACCAGAAGGGGAUACAGUUGACGCCUGGACGGUUGUAUGGGGUGGUGGAAGGGCCGGAGGAUCUUUGGGGAGUAAGCUACAACGGCGGAAGAGAGCAUCUGGGAGCAGUGAUGACAGUAGGAAUCUACAUGGGUCCAACGGUGGACUGGUGGAAACAGGCCGACUGGUAGCCCUGAACCGGGAGAGAGAAAGCUUGACAAGAUUGAUUGGGAUAAGUUCUGGGAAGAGAAGAUGA